UCAUUGCGGAAAAACAGUCCAAUCAACCAACAAUUACAGUACAAAUUUCGGGAAUACAAUCCACUUAACAACGGUAAUAUUUUCAAAUUAAAACCCUAUUUGAACAAUUAUUUGAUGAGCAAAGAGCUCUUGAAUCACCAUCUUACAGAAACCAAAAAAAUGGAUUCCGAGCAGCAGUACGACCAACUGGAAAGCGAUAGCGAUUACGAUUCCGAUGAUUCGCAAGAGGACCCAACUUUUGACCUUCUUGAAGAGACAAGAUCCAGUCUCUCAAAACUCUCCAUCAAAAAACACAAAUCUAAGGAUAUGUCUGCUAGGCGUAAUGUUUCUAAGGCUUUGGAAGAUUGUGUUGAGGAGGAAGAGCAGGAUCUGGAGAAGUUAGUGCCAGAGCUUGAUGAGAAAGAUAAAAAAAGUUUUGAAAAUGUUCAAAAGAUAAUCAAAGCUGGUCAGAUUGAGAAAUUGAAAGUGGAGCAAUGCAAGGUUUACCUAAGGAAACAUGGGCUGAGAUUGACGGGUAGCAAAGAUACACUUAUUCAGCGCAUUAAAGAGCACACCGACAUUCUCGAUGGUCGUGGAGAGGAAAAAUAUCCCCCAUCUAGUUUUGUAUUGAACUGUAAAGGGGACGCGUGCACUGGGGAUGUUGUUAUCUUUGAACAAAAUGUAUAUGAAAUGUUCAGCAUUGCAUCAAGAAGUGCUACUGGCCCUCCCUGUGGAACAAGAAUAGUAGCAGGGCGGAUUGUGAAAGAGAGCUAUGGUGCUAAAAAGCAGCAACAUACCUUUACGGUUGAGGUAUUGUGGAGUAAAGGGGAAAAACCGCUGCCUCCACUGCAUCCUCUCCUCAUCAAGGGCAGAAACCUCUAUAGAUUAAAAACGUUGCGACAGAAAUGGGACAAUGAAGCAGAAAGGCAGAAAAUUUUAUCAGAAAAGCAUGCCAGAGGUUCCGUUGCUCAGUCUAGCAGGGAAACACGUGUCCAAGAGAAGGAAAUGCGAAAGAUGCGAAGGGAAAAUAGGGUAAGCACAGAUUACAAGGAGAAGAAAACUGUAGCUGAGAGUGAAGUGAAACAGCUGCAUUCUCGCUCGAUGAACUCCUUAAACAAGAAAGAUCAGCCUCAGGUAGAAGUGGUGGACAGCGGCCAAAAUGAUGAACAAAAGGAAUUCAGAAAUUAUACAAAGACAAUACAGGAAAAUGUCUUCCCUAGAGAAAACAGGCCAGAAGAAAGGCUUAAUCAGAGGCAGCCUUUGACUAAAGUCAACCUGAAUUAUCCUAGUUCUUACAUGGAGCAGCAAGGCUUCGGAGAAAGCUACACUUCAAAUACACAUAUGCCAAUGUGGAGGGGCUCUAGCUGUGGAGGCAACACUUACAACUAUAAUAAUCCAUCAAGAAUGCAUACCUCUAAUGCGCAUAAUAUUCCAACGUGGAGGGGCUAUAGCGAUGGAAGUUACAACAACUGCUAUACUAGUAGGAGUCCAUUGCGAGGACAUGGUCAUAUUUAUGCAGGGGGUCAUGGUCAUUCACAAAAUAUGAACUAUAAAUCUCCACGAAGAACUGAGAACUGGCAAGCAAGGAAUGGUUGGUGUAAUGUGGGAGCUGCAAAGCGUCCAUUUCUUCAAGGACAGCGCGAGGAACAAAAGAAGCCUUGCCGCUUUUAUGCUCAAGGAAGAUGCUACUAUGGGCAUAGUUGCAAGUACUUGCAUGAUUCUGUAGAUAUUUAAGCAAGUGAAAGAGAAGCAGUGUAAGAUAGCUUUGGGAGAUCUUUACAGAUCAAUUUUUGGUUCCAUUUUUUUGGGUGACAAGUCUUUGUCUCGGGGAUAGUGUCAUUGUUCACAAAAAAACUUGAAGAACAAACUGUUUUUUUUAAUUUUGUUAAACUGUUUUCUAUUCCCUAACUGCAAUUACAAAGCAAACUCUUGAGCUCGAAUGGAAAAGGUGUAGUUAAGUUGA